AUGGUUACUAAUGAGUUGAAAAUGCUAAGAGAUGAACAAGUUCAAUAUAGGGAGAGAAGCCUGAGUGUAGAAUCCCAAAGUGAGCAAGAAAACUUAAGAGUAGGAGAUUACUAUCCUUCUUCAUCAAGAAGGCGUAGGCGUGACUAUGAAAAUCCUCCUCCUCCUCUUAAGGAAGUCAAUGUGGUAUUGCCUCAUUUUCAUGGGAAAGAUAACAUUGAGGCUUACCUUGACUGGGAAAUGAAAGUAGAGCAAAUAUUUGCUUGUCAACAAGUGUCGGAGGAAAGGAAAGUCUCUCUAGCUACCCUUAGUUUUCAAGGGUAUGCAAUGUAUUGGUGGACUGCUUUAGUCAAAGAGAGAAUGAGACAACAACUUCCUCCCAUUAAAUAUUGGAAUGAACUCACAGCAGCUCUCAAGAAAAGGCACAUUCCCUCUUACUAUAAAAGGGAACUUAUGGAUAAGCUCCAAAGGUUGCAACAAAAGUCUAUGUCUGUUGAAGGCUAUAGACAACAAAUGGAGUUAUACAUAAUGAGAGCAGGGAUCACAGAGGCAGAGGAAACUACUUUAGCUAGAUUUUUGAGUGGGUUAAAUUUGGACAUAAGGGAUAAAGUAGAACAACAAAAUCAGCGAAAAAUUUCUGCCAAAAGAUUUCAGUCUCCCUUUGAGCCGAAAUUUACUAAAGCAAAAGAACCCCUCAAACCUCUAGCCAAAAUAGUUGAAAAGCCAAACAAAGAGUCCUCUUCACACACUCGCACAAGUGAUAUAAAGUGUUUCAAGUGUUUAGGUAGGGGUCAUAUAGCUGCUCAAUGUCCUACUAAGAGAACUAUUCUUUUAAAGGGAAAGGACAUCUAUAGCAGUGAAAGUGAAUCCCUUACCAGUGAUAGUGAGAGUGAAUCAGAAAAAGAAGAGGAAGUGUUUGCGGAUGAUUGUCAACUUCUCAUGGUGAGAAGGGUGCUUAGCAGUCAACCAAGUCUGGAACAACUAUCACAAAGAGAGAACAUUUUUCAUACAAGGUGUAAAAUUCAAGAAAACUAUUGUUCUCUCAUUAUUGAUAGUGGUUCUUGCUGCAAUUGUUGUAGUACCAGACUAGUUGAAAGACUGAAUCUUGCUGUAAUACCCCAUCCCAAACCUUAUAGACUUCAUUGGCUAAAUGAAGAUGGGGACAUUACAGUCAAGAAUCAAGUUAAAGUGGCUCUAUCCAUAGGGAACUUCAAAGAUGAAGUUGUUUGUGAUGUAGUUCCUAUGGAAGCUUGCCAUGUGCUAUUGGGAAGACCAUGGCAAUUUGAUCAUAACACUAUACACCAUGGUCUUACCAAUACCAUAACUGUGCACAAACAAGACAAGAAAUUUGUGCUUCAACCUUUGACACCUACUCAGGUGGCACAAGAUCAAGCACAAAUGAAGUCCGCUAGGGAACAGGAAAAGAAACAGAAAAAGAAAAAAAUGCCAAAACAACAGAGCGGAGAAGUCAUAGAGUCCAGUGUUACUUCCCACAAGGUCACUCAACAUGAAGUUCUUUUAAAUAAAAAGACUUUAAACAAUACACUUCAAGUUGAGCAACCUUCAUACCUUCUUCUUUGCCAAGGAACACUCAUCUGCACAUCUAGUGAGACUCAGACUAAUACUCUUUCUUUGGCAAUACAAAAGCUUUUGAAAGAAUUUGAUGAUCUAUUUCCCAAAGAAAUUCCAAAUGGGCUUCCACCAUUAAGAGGGAUAGAACAUCAAAUUGAUUUCAUACCAGGGGCAACUCUUCCUAAUAGGCCUGCCUAUAGGACUAAUCCCCAAGAAACCAAAGAAAUUGAGUCAUAA